GCCUCCCUCCACACCUGAAGGCAGCAAUUGGAGGGGAAAAAAAAAUCUCUCUGAGCACUCUGUGACUUUCAGGCAGGGAGGGCAGGGAUUGACCCAAGGACAGAGUCACUGAUAAAAGCCUCCCCGGAGGCCUUCUGCUCCCAUCCAUCUCCCCGCCGCUACCCAGCUCCUCCCCUCGGCACUCGCGGUGCCGCCCAGCAGCCAGCGCCUGGCACAGCUUAACCAGCGCUCUGCAGGGACGGCGCCGCACCGGGGCUGCUCCCGCUCCUCUCCUGGGGGAUUCUGCAACACGCGGGGGCAGCAGCUUCCCUCCAGCCUGCGACAGCGACAGCUCUGCUAAGACCGCAUGGCCACUGCGGGAAAAGUUAUCAGGUGCAAGGCUGCUGUUGCCUGGGCCCCAGGCAAACCACUGUCUGUUGAGGAGGUGGAAGUUGCACCCCCAAAGGCAGGGGAAGUCCGGAUCAAGAUUGUGGCCACAGGCAUCUGUCACACAGACGAUCAUAUUUUGAAAGGUUCCUUGCCUAAUGUGGAAUUCCCAGUUAUCCCUGGCCAUGAAGGAGCUGGGAUUGUGGAAAGCAUUGGACAAGGAGUGACCUCUGUGAAACCAGGAGACAAAGUGAUCCCACUUUGCCUCCCUCAGUGUGGGGAAUGCAGCUUCUGCCAGAAUCCUGAAUCCAACUACUGCCAGAAGACCCAUUUCUCUGAACCACAAAACCUGCUGCCGGACAAGACCAGCCGCUUCUCUUGCAAAGGGAAGCAGAUCCACCACUUCCUGUGGGUCAGCACCUUUGCAGAAUACACCGUGGUCCCAGAAUACGCUGUUGCCAAGAUAGAUGCUGCAGCACCUCUGGACAAAGUCUGCUUGAUCGGCUGUGGGUUUUCCACAGGCUAUGGGGCUGCCCUCAACACAGCCAAGGUAAAACCAGGCUCCACCUGUGCGGUCUUCGGCCUCGGAGGAGUCGGCCUCUCUGUUGUCAUGGGCUGCAAGGCAGCUGGAGCUGCCCGCAUCAUUGCCGUGGACAUCAACAGUAACAAGUUUGCCAAGGCCAAGGAGCUGGGAGCCACUGACUGCAUCAACCCUCGAGACUUCAAGAAGCCCAUCCAGGAGGUGCUCACUGAGAUGACCGGGCAGGGCGUGGACUACUCCUUUGAGGCCAUCGGGCACACGGACACCAUGAUUGCUGCCUUGGCUUCCUGCAAUACAAACACUGGUGUCUGUGUGAUGGUUGGGGUACUGGAUUCAGAGAUUUCCAUUGAUCCUGUGCUUCUGCUGACUGGGCGUACAUGGAAGGGGACUAUGCUUGGAGGCUGGAAGACAAGAGAAUGUAUCCCCAAAUUAGUUUCCAGCUACUUGGAGGGGAAAUUCAAUUCAGACUUGCUGAUCACGCACACGCUGCCAUUCGCUAAAGUGAAUGAGGGAUUUGAGUUGUUACGUGCAGGAAAAAGUAUCCGCACUGUCCUGCUCUUCUGAAGGACACAGCCAAGGAAGCCGAGCAGAGGGACCAGCGCAGCAGAUGCUCUCCUGGCCCAGGCCCUUCUCAACCAGCACCCCUCCUUGUGGGGCACCAGGAAAAGAGAAUGAGGAACUCGCCUGUGCUGGAGUCACUGCUGGUCCUGCUGUGCCUGGAUAAAAUCCAGACAGAUGACUUUCCCAGGAAAAUCCUUUUACUAAUAAAGUGUUUCUGUCCAACUCA